UUUCGGGGCGGAUCCUCCUUCCCCGUUCCGAGGCGGGGCCAGCCGGGCCAGCCUCGCCUGCCUGCCUGCCUCGGUGGCGCUGAGGCGGCGGCGGAGGGAACGGGGCAAGGAAGGAAAGAAGGAAGGAAGGAGGCAGCAGCAUGAGCGGGACCGGGGCGCCAUCGCCGGCCCCUUCCUCUGCCUCCUCCGCCGGGAAGAGCGAGAAGCUGGACGAGGCUCAAGCGCUGGCCCGCAGCUGCGCCGGGAGACCCGACUUCCAGCCCUGCGACGGGCUCUCGCUCUGCGCCACCCACAGCCACGGGAGGUGCUUCCGACUCCACUGGUGCUGCCACCUGGGAUGGUGCCACUGUAAAUAUGUUUAUCAACCUAUGACUCCGGUAGAGCAGCUUCCAAGCACCGAAAUACCUGUUCAGCCUCGAGGAUCCACAAACACCAUUCAGAUCUCUGUCUCACUCACGGAACACUUUUUGAAGUUUGCACCUGUCUUCCAACCCCCGUUGCCCCCAGACUCCCCCCGGUUCUGCACAAUCUCGGACCUCUUUAUUGACAACUACCGCGUGAAAUGCAUCAACGGGAAGAUGUGUUACGUCCAGAGGCAACCUCCUGCUCUCCCCCAUAAAAUGAAGCCUCAGGAGGUCCCCGCACGCAAUGCCUUAAUUCUGAGAGAGAAUAAUACACCAAAAAUAGAUCAUUGCUCUUCCCCCUCCAGCUCUGAGGACUCUGGGAUCAAUGCCGUCGGGGCUCACUAUAUGGAGUCGUGUGAUGAAGACACCGAGGAAGGGGCCGAGCUCAGUUCAGAAGAAGAUUAUAGUCCAGACAGUAGCUGGGAACCGGACGAGUGUCCCCUCUUAUCACCCUCACAAUGUGAACUAGAAGUGAUUGAGACCAUAGAAACCACCGUGUGAAAUGCUGACCUGGGAACUAACUAGGCAUAUUUGAAACAAUACUGGUUUUCUAACAUUUAUACCGGCUUUUUCUGACAGGUCAUUUUUUUUCCAAUGCACUUGAUAUCCCAUGAGGAAUGCAAUGACAGUAUAGCCAUCUGUGAAAUAGCUGGUUGAUAUGAAUUGCACCAAUAAGAGUCCGGUCAUAUCAUUUAAAGGGUGUCACCAGUUUGACAUCAUUACUUACAGACUUUCCCUGGUCCCAGUUAAGGGCACAUAAAUAUUGAAGAUCCAGCCAAAUUGUAAGCUACUCCUACUAAUUCCAAAAUUUAAAUAAUAGAUAUGGGUUGCUCCUUUUAAACUACGAUUCAGUGUUUUGUGCUCUUACAAAAAAAAAAAAACCAACAAUAUUAGGUUAGCCAUAUGCCAACUGAGUGAGCUGAGCUGAAUCUAUAUCUAUCACGUAGGAGACUGAAGCUGUGCUUCUCAUUAGAAACUCUUGUAUUCGGUGCACCACUUUCCAAACACAUUUUCCCAUCAAGAUUAACUCAGGGGUUCCCAGCAUAAGCACAAUACAUUCUCAAUAACUAAAACCCUGUCUCUGGAACAGAAGAAUGAAAUCCUUCAUAAGACUGGGUUUAUACUGCCAUCUGACCAAAUUCCAUUGGUCUUCUUGACUUAAAAUUCUUUAAAUGGUUCCUGGGUUAAUGGUUCCUGGGUUAAAUGGUUCCUGAGGGCAAACUGGAUUUAGUCGUGAAGUCCUGGUGUACCUACAAGAGCUGCUAAUGUGAAAUGGGUCCGUGAUAAUGUCAAAUUCAGUGCAUAUUCACACAACUAAAAUUUGAGUUUGUUUUCUUAACCUGACAAGUGUUUGGCUUCAAAUGAACCCAAAGCAAAACAGAUUAAGCUGUCGCCUUCUGAUCAUAGCAGACAGCUGCCAUGAGUCUAUCUGGUCCUGUUCAGGGAGAAAAGCAUCACAACUAAUCAGUGUCACGUUAGCCCCAUCUGGGACAAAUACAACUCUUUCUGCUGUGAUGAUGUUCAACCCAUGCACACCAGAACCGUAUUGCAUUUCAAAUAGCUGUGCAUGAACUGAUCAGAAAGUAACUGAACAUUAGAAACCAGCUUGAUAUGCAAGAAGGCGAUGGCGUACAAUAGUCCUAUUCCACCUAUUGCUUACUAUAGUUUUGGUGAUGGUUCAGGAUUCACUUUUAGUUCUGAGGUCAAAGUAUUAUAUGGGCUAUUUGGCAAUGUUCCAGAAGCAUUCUCUCCUGACGUUUUACCCACAUCUAUGGCAGGCAUCCUCAGAGGUUGUGAGGUCUGUUGGAAAUAUAUAAACCCAUGAAAUCAAGGGAAAUGUUUACAUGCUUGAUCAUACUGAGGUAUAAGUAUUCAAUAGUAUUUCUAUACCUUCAUAUUACGUAAGGAUAAGUUCAUGAGUAAGAAUGGGGAGGUGGCGGGGCCGGCAGAAGCUUGGAUAAGCGAAUAUCUUGGAUAAUAAGGAAGGAUUAAGGAAAAGCCUAUUAAACAUCAAAUUAAGUUAUGAUUUUACAAAUUAAGCACCAAAACUUCAUGUUAUACAACAAAUUUAACAGAAAAAGUAGUUCAAUACGCAGUAAUGUUAUGUUGUAAUUACUGUAUUUACAAAUUUAGCACCAAAAUAUCAUGAUAUAUUGAAAACAUUGACUACAAAAAUGGCUUGGAUUAUCCAGAGGCUUGGAUAAGUGAGGCUUGGAUAAGUGAGACUCUACUGUAUGUGUGUGUGUGUGUGUGUGUGUGUGUAUGUGUGUGUAUAUAUAUAUAUAUAUAUAUAUAUAUAUAUAUAUAUAUAUAUAUAUAUAUAUAUAUAUAGAGAGAGAGAGAGAGAGAGAGAGAGAGAGAGAGAGUAUAUAUAUUCCACAAUUAAAAAAGGGGGAAAAAAAGGAAAUAUAUAAACCCCACUUGCCUAGUUUCCAACAGGCCUCACAACCUCUGAGGAUGCCUGCCACAGAUGUGGGCAAAAUGUCAGGUGAGAAUGCUUCAGGAACAUGGCCAUUCCACCCAGGAAAACUCACGGCAACCCAGUUAUUUUGGUCAUGAAAGCCUUCAGCAACACAAAGUUUUAUUUGUUUAAAUUGACUAUUCCUAUGCCCAUUAGGUGGAAAAGUAACUAGAUAAAAGGGAGGUGGCCACUGUAAAUGUAGUUCCUGGAGCAUUUGGAUUUCAUCCAAGAGCACUUAAAACAAGAGCAGCUAAUUGACCUAACCCUUCCCUCUUUCGCUGUUUCCCUCAAACUCUCCGUAAUAAUUAUAUCCCAUUAACAAAUACAGAACUGAUGAAACAUGUACAGUGGUCAGACAGGUCUUUAAAACCUCUGCUGUAAUUGUGUGUCAGCUUUAGUGAUACAGAGGCAGGUUGUUGUCUGGGGAAAGAUCUGCUGACCGAUCCAAGCGUAGUGACCCUUCUAAGGAUGUGUGGCUGUUUUUCUUUUGCUGUUGUACUUUAGUCAGCAAAUUAAAGUAUAGCAGUCAUGCGACAGGGGAUAUGACAUUAUUUUCCCAAUAACAUGCUGUGACCACAGCUGUGACCACAGGUGUGUGUGUUUUUUCCUCAUUUUUUUUCUUUAGCUCCAUAUGGUACCUUUUUUCAUCUGAAAGAUCUCCUGUAAUAUUAGGGCUCCUGAUAAUAAAUGCAGCCCAGUUUUAUAACACUUUGGUUAAUACGUUUUCCACAAACCUUGGUGAGGAUGAGAACAUAUAAAUAUGUACAGAUAUAGCUCUCAGUACUAGAGUAUCUUAUGCUGUGUUGUCAAAUGCUGCUCUUGAAACACUAUUCUGACACAUUACUAAUUUUUAUACAUUACACUCUGACUUAGGCACCUUUUAGAACGCAUUUAGAUUACAAUGUGUGUUAUGAAUUACUAUAUAAACAAAUAAUGUACUUUAAAAUAUAAAAAAACCAUACCCUGAGAAAAAUGAAAUAUUUAUUCUGAUGAGUUAUAUUAAAAUGCACUUUUGGGCAAAAAAACCUAAGGAACUCAGUUCUGAGCAUCACAAAAUUACAGCCUUCCUUAGAAUUUUUGAAAAUUUUAGUGCAUUCUGCUAAUCUGUAAACACUAGUUCAUUAUAGAAAGUCAUAAAAAUUCUUAUUAUUUGGGUGGAGAUAUUAAUGUUUUCUUUCUUCUCAGGUUCAGCAUUGUUAAUGGAUUUUAUAGUGGGAAAUCAAUGCAUAAAAUAAGGUGGUGUUACUCUUGACUACCGGUAUUUUAAACUGAAAGUUUAAGAUACGUCUUACCUGGAUAAAUUAAUUUACAGUUGCUUCUCUUGGGUUUUCCGGCUGUGGAAAUAGCAUGAGGGACUGUAGAAAAAUUACAUUUGGGGGCAAAGGUGGGCCCACUUCUGAGAAUGCAUUUUAAUUUAUUUCAUUACAUGAAGCAACAUGGCACUGUCUCUUCUCAGCAAGUUGGCAGCCAUGAACUAACGGGGGCUAAAGUUCAACAGAUAUAUUCUGAGUGGGAAAAUUCAGUACAGUUUCACAUGAAUACACUUUAUUGAACUGUUAAUUAGCAAUAGCUGCAUACAGUGUUAAUCUCUCGAACGUGUUCUGUUUUGAAGUCUUAAGCACAAUGGGCUUGUAGCGCCUGGCUGCCCUGUAGACUGCCUUGGCAUCAGCCAUGGCAAGGUUUGGUUAGAUGGUUUAGCACAGAGUGCUGUGUCUCAAAGUACCCUCUCAAGGGUACCCAAUAAUUUCAUGUAAACUUUUCACACACGCACCUACACACACACACACAUAUGCACACACAAUAAAUGUAAAGACUGCUUUUACACAAAAA